UCAUGUACUACACGCCACAGGACUUGGGUGAAGUCGUAGGACAAUGUUGAAGUCCCAACUGUUUCAUAAUGUACAACCUUGGAAUCAAUGGCUGCUUCAACCACUGACAAUUUUACUGGUAUUUGCUUCCGUAGAUAGGCAAAGUGCAAAUCUCCUCAAGGCUGUGGUGAAACUUGAACCCCCAUGGAUCCAAGUGCUCCAGGAAGACAAUGUGACACUAGCCUGCCAGGGGUCCCACAACCCUGGGAACCACUCCACACAAUGGUUCCACAAUGGGAAAUCCAUCCCAGCCCAGGUCCAGCCCAACUACAACUUUAAAGCCAAGAGAAAUGACAGUGGGGAGUACAGGUGCCAGAUGAGCCAGACCAGCCUCAGUGACCCUGUGCAUCUGGUUGUGAUAGCCGACUGGCUGCUGCUUCAGACCCCUCAACUGGUGUUCCAGGAGGGGGACACCAUUGUGAUGAGGUGCCACAGCUGGAAAGACAGCUUUCUGAACAAGAUCACUUUCUACCAGAAUGGGACAUCCAAGAAGUUCUCCCAUUUCAGUGGCAACUUCUCCAUCCACAAUGCCAAUCUUAGUCACAGUGGUGAUUACUACUGCACAGGAAAUAUAGGAAGGAUGUCUUACUCAUCCAAGUCUGUGGCCAUCACUGUCCAAAGUCCAGCAAUUCCAUCCAUCUCUCUAUUUUGGUUUCAAGUUCCUUUCUUCCUGAUGAUGGUAUUUGUAUUUGCAGUGGACACUGGGAUAUACUUCUCUGUGUGCAGAGACCAUUGAAGCUCAAUGGGGCUAGAUGAAUCACAAAGGCAGAUGGUACCAGGAUCCUCAGGACAAAUGGCAGCUAAUUUUAUGGCUUAAAAACAAUAGCAGGGCUGGGAAGGUGGCUCAGUGGUAGAGUGCUUGACUUGCAUGCAUGA